AUGUCAAAUGCGGCUUCAGCCCACGCUGGAGCAUCGAACACGGUCGACGUACAGCAGUCGCUCGUCGCGGAUGGUCUAGAGGUCGAAGAGGACGAGAUAACCAUGACAGUAUCGAACAAUCCUUCUAAGAAAAAGAAAAAGAAGAAACCGAAGAAGACAAAGACACCAGAGCUUGGCCCGAUACCGCCAACAGUCGCACAGGAGCCUAAACAGCCGGUUCUUUGCAUCAGUCGUAAUAAACAUUGGAGAUAUAUCUCCUCCUACCAUGGCCCGUGGCUCCAGCUUCCUCUCGAGCUCCUCGAGUCUCUACUUACACUCAAUCUCGAUCCUAACAACUUCCUACCCAAAGAUGACCGCAUACCAGCGCCGUUAAGGUCCAGACGGGCCCCCACGAGCGAGUCCGUCUCUUCAUCUGCACUCACACUGCGAUCCCAGCCAUCCAACGGCAGUGUUAGCAUAAAGCCAAUACCGCCUCCGAUCGAUCCAAGUGUAUUCAAAUCUGUCGCGAGCAUACGCAGGCUCAUCGACGAGGCAUCCGACCUCGCCGUCCGGGCGGCGUCGGGCUUAUCCGCAUCGAGCCUCGGCGCACUGCGCUCGCCUACCUCGUCCAAUAACCCCUGGGCGACGGCGCAGGCCCUUGGGAUUAACCCACUCGGAGACCAUGCGACGGGCAGGACACCUGCCAUGUCGUCCACGCGGACACAUCGUUUGAGGGUUCUCGCGGUGCAGAAGCUUGCCGCGGCGUAUCAGGCAGAUGAAAUUGCGGCAAGUGUCAUGGUCAUGCAGGGCGCGAGCGCGUUGGACGAUUUGGCAGAAAGAGUCUUGAAAGUUGAUCCGAACGAUUUAGAUGCUCGAUACGUUCAUUUCUUCCACGAGAAGAUUCCGUCGAGACAACUCGCAGAUUACACGACGACUGCGGUUCUGGACGAUCUAAUAGAGUCUCAACCCAAUCGACUCCAAUACUACCGCACGCGAGGGAUCGUCCGUUGCUUUCGCGAUGAAUACGCUAUGGCCGUAAAGGACUUUACUCACAUCCUUCGGGAGAGUCGUUCCCUUCGCAAAGCAAGGGCAGCACAUCACUCUGACGACGCACGUCGAACCAAGACAAAGGGCAAAAAACACAAGGAGAACAAGGUCAACGGCCAAGCACCUCCAAACGGCACGUCUGCGCCAGAUCCCAAUGCUCCAGAUGAAUCUGCUGCGCUAAAGGUUCCCUUGCAUCCGUCAGUGGGCCCAGAUGCGCCUGAAGCAUUGGAGAUACAAGCGCUCUUCUUGCGUGGUGCCGCCUAUCUGCAGCAUGCAGUACUCAUGAUCGAAAAUGCCGUACUGGAAGUGGAAGAAUUGGACAAGAUUCCCGCUCAGGAUGCCCUUGAACUCAAGCUUUUUCUACUGGAAAAGGGACGUUACGGUGGGAUGACGGGAGAAGAACCAGAUGGGCCGCUUGGACCAAAGACGGGUGACAAGAUGAAAGCAUAUCGCCGUGUACUCGCUACGCCAGAGUUACAACAGGUCGUCAGUACACUACUCCGCAAGUCGAUUCGAGACCACGAAAAGUUUAUGACGUACUUUGAUACUGUGGACGGAGUAUUGCCUUAUUUCCAAGGUAAUCUCGCUCAACGUGUCGAGUGCGCAUUUCUCCUCUCCGAGUCGCUGAGACCAGGAAGCCAUGCACCACCUCCACCACUCCCAGAGAAUCCGGGCAUCUUUACGACGUAUCACCCGCUCUUAGUCGAGGCACAGUAUAGCGUUCUGCUCAGCCAUAUGAUCUUAGGUGACUUUGUAUCCGUCGUCUCGGGAUAUCAACAUGCCGCUGCACUCGUCGACGGACUCGAAGGCUACCCAAUCUUCCUCCCUGCGCGCUCAAUGGCACAGGCAGAGUUUGUAGAGAUCAUGGAACGGCUCGCGUCUAGCUGGGGCCCCGGCACACAACCGCAUUCAUUCUCACAGCAGACGAACACCCUCAUGAUUGAGGGUCCACCGAUGCCUCUUGCUAUAGAAGGUCCAACUGCCUCGAUAGAGGUGCAAGAUUCCGCAGGCAGUACACGUACACCAAGUCCGACGACGGAGGAAGAUGGUACACGAUCCUCUACAGAGCCGGAGAAUGUUUCGACCUCCCCCUCAUUGAGCUUGGUUGUCGCUAAUGCCAACAGGACAAAUGGGCAUUCAAAUGGACUCCGGCAGCAGCCCUCAGCCACUGAAUCACUCGAGGAUAGCCCUAUUAUCGGUGGAAUCACUAUGCAGAACAAGGCGCUUAAUCUAGACUGCUUGAAGAUCCUGCUUGCGCCUGUAGCAAACCGACAAAAGAUUAAAAGCGAAAAAGAGGCAGAGGCGGUGGCAAAGGACAAGGCUGCUGGGAGGAAAAAUGGUCUUUCGAUUAAUAUUCCGCUCCAUGGGCCACGCGUGGAUAUUGCGCUCGCCUAUAUUGCGGCCGUUCAUCUCCCAGAGCUCGAUCCCUAG